AUGCUUCGUCGGCUCACGCGAAACAUUCGUCUCUCUAACGCAGCUGCGGCGCGUUUCAACGCCGCUGCAUCGUCGGCUACCCCAACAGGAGCAGCAGGAGGAAAUGCGGGUGCGGGUGCAAAGCUCAAAAAGGAGUACUCGGAGGCCAAGGGGCCAGUAGAGGCGCCGGUGCUGGACCAGUUGGUCGGCUACUACGUUAAUAUUCAAUCACGCAAGAUGUACUACAAAGACUUCCUCCGUAUUGAGCAUCAGGCGGUGCGGUGGGCCUUCGCUGAUAUCCGCAAGAACAGCGAGGCUCUCGCACACGGUCUUCUGCAGACGGGGCUACGGCCUGGACAGCGUGUGUUGGCAAUCCAGCCAUGCAACUGCGAGACAUUUGUGCUGCAGCUGGCUUGUGCGAAGGUGGGCGCCCUGCUGGCGGUGGUGCCGCAUCAAAACAUCAGCGCGGACAAGCUUCGCUUCUACCUUAAUGAGUUUCAACCGAACCACCUCAUCGCCCGUGAAUGGAUGGUUGUGCCCGAGAUGAAGCAGGGUGUGCUGGUGGAGCGCAACAUGCACUUCUGGGAUAUGAUCUACAACGUUAUCCCUGAGCUAGGCCUUUCGUAUCCGGGGCAAAAAUUCCAGUGGGUGCACUCCCAGGAGUUUUUUUUCCUCAAGAAGGUCGUCAUCACGGACCACAACAUGAACCUUCUGGGCGUGACACCGAUGCGCAAGAUGCUUGUAUGGGGCCCAUUCUCGUACUACGAGCAGCGCCUGCGCCGCCUUUCCGCGCUGCUGCACCCUGAUGACCCGGUCCUGGCGCUGGAGGACCCUCACCCAGCGGUGGAGGACAAGCUGCACAUCACCUUUUCCCACCGCAACUGCAUCAACGCUGGCUUCCUUUUUGGGCAACUCAUGAAGCUCAAGGCGGAGACGCGUUUCGGCGUGAUGCCAAACCACCACACCGACCCAGUCGGCUCCAUAAUUGCUCCGUACGCGGCGCUGACGUCAGGGGCUGUGCUUGUGCAUAUCCACAGCGACAUGUUCACCGAUGACCACGCUAUCAACGGUAUCGAGAAGUUGUGUGUGGAAGAGGUGGAGGGCAUUCUGGGCAAGAAGGGAGAUUUCGAUCUCCUGCUCCGUCACACCGGCAACUUUGAUGCCGACCAGUUCGAGCACCUGAAGUGGGUAGCGCUGUUCGAGGACGCCAAUGAGCCUCCCGCCAGCGACGAAUACUGUCAAAGGAUAGCAAAGGAGUUCGGCCUCGACGACGUGUUCGUAUUCCGUGGUCCGCUGGAGAGUGCCUAUAUGCUCACGUGGCGUUCACUUAAGCGGGGGCAGUGUGGACUGAUACCACAUGCAGAGGCUAAGGUUGUAGGGGACCGCGGCACGGCGGACGCAAAGAUUCUUUCCGCCAACACACGAGGGAACUUGAAGCUGAAGGGGCCGCACAUCUCUGCAGGGUACUACAACAACGCCGGGCUGCUGACGGAGCUGGUGGAUGAGCGAGGGUUCUGCAGCACCAGCCGUGAGGCGGUCAUGGAUGAGAAGGGUAACCUAACCCUGCAGCGGACCCAGAUUUACUAG